UUCAUCGUUUACCCUCUCUCGUACCUUCUUCCUCGUUUCUCAUUUUCAUGAAUCCGGCCACAUUUGCUGUCCCCCGCUUUUGACUAUACUUCAACAUUCCUCAAACUCGAAAUUUUUUAUUUUAAUAUAAUAUAUAUUUGACCAACUUAUUAAGAAUCUCUUCUUUUCCACUGUUUCCUUCCUUCUCGGUUCUUCUCCAACCAUAUUGACUCUUUUUCCUUUCUCCUCCCCAAUCUAUGCUUAAGAUCACACCAUUGAAGCAUUAAUAAUCCUUUUUUUUUUUCUGGGUGUCCGCCAUUUUCACUUCUCAAGGUACUUCUUUUCCCUAAAUCCUUAUAAGAUUUCAUCUUUUUAAUAAAAUAUUUGGUGGGCAAUCACUAUUUUGCUGUUUUCUCUUUCUCACCAUCCUUAAUUGCUUUGAUCAGAUUCUCAUCACCCCUUUGAUAUAAACCUUAUUAAGGUAAUUGGAAUCAUUUUUUGGGUUGUUUUGAUGCUGAAUUGAAAAGGGUAUCGAGACAAUUUAAGGGUUACUUCUGAAAAGGGAAGGGUGCCCAGAUCUAAUUUGGUUUGUCCCUUCCCAUGGCAGAAAAAUGGGUCUUUAUUGGGUUUCUAAAACCCCUUUUAAUGUCUAUCAUUUUAUUGCAUCUUUGCUGUAUUUCUUUAGCUUCUAGUUCUGAUGAUUUAAAAUGCUCAAAUGAUACAUCUUUGGCUGGUUUUAAGUCUGAAUUUAGAAUGCUGCAACAUCAAUUAAGAGGUGUUUUUACCAUACUUGAUAAUUGUUCUUUUAGGGUUAGUGAAUUUGAUAUGCUAUCUGGGUCUGAUCAUGUGUAUUGGUGGGGUGCUGAGGGUGAUAAUUUUGUUAAUUUAACAAAUGGGUUUAUUCUUUCUGAUGAUAAUUUGAAUAGGACUUAUAAGAAUGAUAGCUUUGUAGUCCAUUUGAGGAGUAAUGUUAGUUGGGAUCAGAUUAAAGUAGUUUCUGUUUGGGAUUCUCCUACUGCCUCUGAUUUUGGGCAUGUUGUGAUUUCUAGCUUGAUUAAUGGGUCUGAGGUUUCGGCCCCUGCACCUGCACCAAUUAGUGAUAGUAUUACCAAUGCUACAAGUGUGAAGAAAUGGCAUUAUAAAGAACCUACAAUGUUUGAGAAUUGUAAGGUUUUGUCCCCAAAAUAUAGGGUUAGAUGGACUUUGAGUGAGGAGGAGAAUGUAAUUGAUAUUGGAUUAGAGGCAGUGACUGGGAUUCAGAACUAUAUGGCAUUUGGGUGGGCAAACCCUAAUGCUUCUUCAGGAUACAUGCUUCAUUCGGAUGUUGCUGUUACCGGGUUUACUGAGGAGGGUAUGCCCUUUGCGGAAGAUUUUUAUAUUACCGACUAUAGUGAGUGUUCGGUGGAUGAAAACGGUGUUGCUCGUGGGGUUUGUCCUGAUUCGUUGUAUGAUGGGUCUGAUUCGGUGAAUAAUACACAUUUAGUGUAUGGGCAUCGGAAAGAUGGUGUAUCGUUUAUACGCUACCAACGUCCGCUAAAAGCGAACGACCCAAAGAAUGAUGUUCCGGUCAAUCAGAAAGAGAAUGUGACUUUGAUUUGGGCUUUAGGUCGGAUAAAGCCACCAGAUUACCUUCGUCCUUAUUCCCUUCCCCAAAAUCAUGGUGGCCCUCGGUUUGACACCUACGGAUAUCUAGUCCUUAAUGUCUCAUAUCAUAUAAAUGAUUGUAUGGGGCCUCUUGAUGCGGAGGAUAAGGAAGAUCAAGAUAUUGUCAUUGCAGAUGCCAAUGCACCACUUGUCGUCACUUCUGGGGCCACUUUGCAUUACCCGAACCCUCCAAAUCCAUCAAAGGUUGUCUACAUCAAUAAGAAGGAAGCUCCGCUGUUGAGAGUGGAACGAGGCGUUUCUGUAAAGUUUUCAGUGCAAGCUGGGCAUGAUGUUCCGUUUUACAUAACUUCGGACCCUUUAGGAGGAAACGCAACCGAGAGGAAUGUUUCAGAGACUAUAUACGCCGGUGGAGCUGAAUUUGAAGGUGUUCCUGCUAGUCCUAAGGAACUGGUUUGGACACCUCAUAGGAACACCCCAGAUCUAGUUUAUUAUCAAUCGGUAUACGAGCAGAAAAUGGGUUGGAAGGUGCAAGUGGUGGAUGGGGGUUUAUCAGACAUGUAUAAUAACAGUGUUAUUUUGGAUGAUCAGCAAGUUAGCUUCUUCUGGACCUUGUCUGAAAACUCGAUAUCCAUUGCAGCUCGUGGUGAAAGAAAAAGUGGAUAUCUUGCAAUUGGGUUUGGUAGUGAAAUGGUGCAUAGUUUCGCUUAUGUUGCUUGGUUUGAUGAUGACGGGAAAGGUAGGGUUAAUACCUAUUGGAUUGACGGUAGAGAUGCCUCUAACGUCCACCCGACAAAGGAGGAUCUCACAUAUGUGAGAUGCAAAUCCGAAAAUGGUGUCAUCACUUUGGAAUUUACUCGUCCCCUUAAUCCAUCAUGUCCUAAGAAGGACGAAAGGCCUGAAUGCAAAAACACCAUAGAUCCAACUACCCCUCUGAAAGUCAUAUGGGCUAUGGGAGCUAGGUGGUCGAGUGAUAAAUUGACCGAGAAAAACAUGCAUUCCGCUCAUAGCAGUCGCCCAUUCAGAGUAAUGCUGAAUCGCGGUUCAGCAGAAGUGGAACAAGACUUGAGACCCGUGUUAGCUGUUCAUGGAUUCAUGAUGUUUCUUGCAUGGGGCAUUUUGCUACCUGGUGGGGUACUCACUGCAAGAUAUUUGAAACAUCUAAAAGGCGAUGGUUGGUACCAAAUCCAUGUAUAUUUGCAAUAUUCAGGAUUGUCGAUUGUCCUGCUCGGAUUUCUCUUUGCUGUUGCGGAGCUUAAAGGCUUGUUUAUAAUAUCUGUACAUGUGAAGCUCGGAAUGGCUGCUAUAAUAUUAGCCUGUUCUCAACCUAUUAAUGCAUUGUUAAGGCCAAAGAAACUGUCUAAUGGUGAGGUUCCUUCGUUGAAACGAGUGAUAUGGGAAUACGCCCAUGUAAUUAUCGGCAGAUCAGCCAUUGUUAUAGGCAUGGCUGCUCUUCUAACAGGAAUGAAACAUUUAGGGGAGCGGUAUGGAGAGGACGUAAGAGGCCUUACGUGGGCUUUGAUAUGCUGGAUUUUGUUCGGUGGUGUGACUGUCGUAUAUUUGGAAUACCGAGAAAAGCAACACGGUGAUAGAAGCUCAGGACGAGGCCAGUGGGUUCUAGGCAACAACGAAGAUGAUUCUGCUGAUCUUUUGAGUCCUAAUGGCACAUAUGCCGAAGAAGAGGCGCAUUUGUCUAACCAAGGGGAAGUUCAGUUGGAGCCUUUGAAUAGAUAGCUCUUAAAAUGCCUGAAUUUUUCAUGUUUAUACAGAUUUGUAUUCAUUUUUGAAAGCUUUGUCAGUUAGAUUUAAGAAAAAAGAGUAAAAUUGCUUUGCAAUUUAGGAUCAUAGAUGGAGAUAUCGAAUCCGUUUGAGCGGGAAAAGAAGUUUUACUUACUAAACUUUGAUGGUGUAUACUUAUUUUGAUUUUUGGUUCUGUAUACUCUGUUCUUCACUAUAAUAUGUUCAUAUUUCACAUUUUGGCA